AUGUCUCUCGAGCAACAGUCCGCGCCUCCUUCAACCGCGGAAAAUGGGCCAGCGUCACCUACUGCCCCCGCCGCCACCAUGCACGAUCCCAACCGAACCACCCCCUUCGAGCGCUGGGCUGUCCGUGCCUCGGACUCGCAAUUCAACGCUCUUGCCGGUGCGGUUGGAGGCUUCACCUCAGGCAUCGUGACCUGCCCUCUCGACGUAAUCAAGACAAAGCUUCAGGCGCAGGGCGGCCUUGCCCAGCUGCAGAGUGGGUUGCAUGUCGGUCAACCUAGGAUUUACAAUGGUCUGGUCGGCACAGCCAGUGUCAUAUGGAGGGAUGAGGGCCUGCGAGGCAUGUACAGAGGUCUCGGUCCCAUCAUUCUCGGAUAUCUUCCGACCUGGGCUGUCUGGUUCACUGUCUACAACAAGAGCAAGACCUGGCUGGGUCAAUAUCAUCACAAUACUUUUGUGAUCAAUUUCUGGUCCUCCAUCAUAGCAGGAGCCAGCAGCACCAUUGUCACCAAUCCCAUCUGGGUCAUCAAGACGCGCCUCAUGUCGCAGACUGGUCACCAUGACAGACAUGGAUUCUCCCUCUUCCCCAAGGGUGCCAACACACCCACAUCCCGCCCUACCAUGUCCAUGCAUGGCUACUAUCACUCAACACUCGAUGCUGCAAGGAAGAUGUACACCACUGAAGGCAUACGAGCCUUCUACUCUGGUCUUACCCCGGCCUUGUUGGGCUUGACCCAUGUGGCAGUACAAUUUCCAGCCUAUGAGUUUCUCAAGACAAAGUUCACAGGCCAGGGAAUGGGUGCCUCCCCUACCAACAACGAUCCCAAGGCACAGUGGUUCGGCAUCCUCUGCGCCUCAAUCUUCUCCAAGAUUGCAGCCAGCAGCGCCACCUACCCACAUGAGGUGAUAAGGACUCGACUGCAGACCCAGCGGCGGCCAAUGCCUGGCAGCGACUAUCCAGGCGUGGCCAAUGUCGGCGGUAUACCUGGCACGAAGGCUGGUGGGCUGUCACCUAAGGCCACGGAGAAGGCUCAGGAGCAGAGCAGCGCGAAGUACAGAGGUAUCGUGCGGACGUUUCAGACGAUCCUGCGCGAGGAGGGCUGGAGGGCUUUCUACGCCGGCAUGGGCACCAACAUGAUGCGUGCGGUGCCCGCUGCGACAGUCACGAUGCUUACCUACGAGUUCAUGAUGCGCGAGCUGAACCAAACUCGUCUGCAGGGCCAGGAGAAGAUGCGUGCUCGGGAGGACUCAAGUUUUGCCUGA